UGUGUGCCCCAGUGUGGCCACCAAAACAUUGCCGAGUUGGCAGGAGGCUGUUUGUUUGUUUGUUUGUUUGUUCGUCGCGGCGGCCUGGGAGUGUCAGCGGGCCGAGGCUGUGUUCGCCGUGACCGAGGAGCGCCGCGCCCCUGGGACGGCCCUGCCAUGUAGUGGAGGCCGAGGCUGUCAAAGUAUCGGACACAACGAUGUCUUGGUUCGGCGUGAGCCUCAACGACAUCAAGGGCCAGCUGACCUCCUUCACCAGCGAGGUGCUCUCCGAGGGCCUGGAGGGCGUGGAAGAUGGCAGCCAAGUGAUUGUCUCUCGGGACCGCAUCCAGGAGUUGGAGUCCCUGGUCCAGCUGCAGAAGCAUGAGUUGGAGGAGGCGAAGAGGGCGCGGGAGGAACUGGAGGAGCGUCUGCAAGCCUCCAACCUCCACGGGGCCCACCAGGUGUCAGCCCUUCGUCAGCAGCUGCAGCAGAAGGAGGAUGACCUUCGGCAGCUGAGGGAGAAGAGUGUGGAGUGGGGGUGGAGUGCUGAGGAAGGGGAGGAGGGAGGUAGUGGUGGUGGUGUCUCCCUCAAACAGCCCAAGUCACCUGGAUCCCCCUCACCCCCCUCACCUGGCCAACAACAACAACAACAAUCAUCUGAGAAACAACUAGCCUGGCAGGAACAUCUUAAUCAACAACUCUCCCGCCGCGUCGAGGAGCUGGAAAGGGAGCUGAUCCGUCUGAGGGAGGCCCACCAGGAGGAGGUUAGCGUUCUUCAGGACCACCAUCGACAACACCUGCUCUCCCUGCCCCCCCGACGACCAGGCUCGGGCGAGGGAGAGACCGGCGCUGCUGGUGGAGGUGGAGCCGCUGGUGGAGGUGGAGGUGGUGCAGAGGCUUGUGGCGAUGCGUCUUCCACUUCUCCUAGAAGUGAGGAUGGCGUGGCGUCAACUGCGGGCGCGGGCCAGGACGCUGCUGCUGCUGCUGCUGCUCAGCGAUGCCGCGAGCUGGAGCAGGAGAGGGACGAGCUGCGGGCCGCCCUCGGUGCCCUCCAGACCCAGCUGCAGGACCUCACACCCAAGGCGGAGGCUGCAGCAGAUUUGCAGAGCCAACUUGCCUCCUUGAAAGAGAGAUGUGCAGCCCUGCAGAAAGAGAAUGAGCAAAAUGAGAAAAACCUUGAGGAGCUGGACACCCAGCAUCAGCAGGCUGUAGAACAAGUCUUGAAAAAGAAAAACAAGGUUCAAGAGGAGGCUCAACUCCUGAGAACAGCUCAGCAGGAUGCAUCAGAAGCCCUUGCCCAGGCCUUGCAGGAGCAGCAGAAAGCACAGCAGGAAAUAGCCUCCCUUCAGGAUGAGGUGGCCACCCUGAGGCUCGGUGGAGAGGCAACACAGGCCACUCUGAAGCAGCAGCUGGAGGCAUACAGCCAAGAAGUCAGUGACUUGAAGGGCCAACUUCAUGAGAAAACUACCUCUCUACUGAAACUUGAAGAAACUGUUCAGGAACUCAAUCAAGAGAAUGGAAGACUAUCUCACUGUGGAGAGCAGCUCAUUGCACUUCAGGAGAGAGAACGACUGCAGUGUUCAGCGCUGGAGGAAAAAAGUUCAGUUGUAGAAGAGCUAAAAAGUAUACAGGCUAAGUAUGAAGAGGAAAAAUAUUCUAAUGCAGAAUUAAGGACGACCUUAGGAAACCUGGACAGUGAAGUACAAAAGCUCAAAUUAUCUGAAGAAUGCUUAAGAGAAUCACAUGAGCAGUCCGAGGAGAAGAGGAAAGCAGCAGAGGAGAAGGCAGGUCAUCUUGAGCAACAAGUUGACAACCUAACCCAAGAAGUAACCACCCUCAGGCAGGCUGCGUCUGACGCUCAGACAUUCCAAGAAUCUUCACAAGAGAAAGACUCGUUACAAGAAAAAAUCAACCUUACAGAAGCUGCCAAGCGCCUCAUAGAACAGGAGCUGCAAAAGUGUCGGCAGUCUUUGGAGGACGCCAAGGCUGGCACGGAAAUCUUAGAGUCUGAGUUGCAGGCCAAGGCUCAGGAGCUGACCAUGUCCAACACAACCAUUGCUGAGCUUGAGGUGAAGGUGAAGCAAGCUGAGGGCGACCUGACAGAUGAGAUGGAAGAAUUGAAGAAGACAUUAGCUCACCACAAUGAGGAGGUCCCCAAAACUGUGAAGGCCGGCAUGCACAAGCUGGUGGAGCUGCUGCGUGACUCUGUGUGGCAGCGCGACACCUUGGAGCGCCAUGUGUCCACCCUCACACAGGAGCUGAGGGAAAAGAAUGACUUGCUGGGGGAGGCAGAGCUGUCAAGGGCUGAGUUAGAGAGGGAGUGUGAGGACCUAAGAGACCAGUUGGAGGAGGUACAGAAAGGGGUGCGGCCCCAGCCUGAGGGAAGCAGCCGGGGUUUGCCCACUAUAGAAGAAGAAGAAGCUGAAGGAGGAGUAGAAGGAGAGUCUGAAGGAGACCAGGUGAAGGAAGGGUGUGGGGUAAAGGAAGAACAGCAAAGGGAACCUCCAGUGCUUGAUAGAUCCCAUGAAAUCGAGGCCCUGCGUGCCCAAGUGGAGGCGCUGUCUGAGGCGCGGAGGAACUUGGAGACGGAGGCAGCCAACAUGCGAGCAGAGAGGGAGCGCCUGCACAGCCAGCUGCAACAGGUGGAAGGUCGCUCCGGGAACCUGGCCAACCUAGAAACUGAGGCCGCAGCUCUGAGGAAUGAGAAAAGGAAUCUUGAGAUGCAGAUGGAAAGCCUGGCUCAGGAGCUGGAUCUGACCACAGUGACCCUCCAGGACGAGAGAGACACACUCAGGGAGCAACUCAACACUCAAGGGGAACAGCUACAGAGUGUUCAGGUGGAGCUCACCAUUCUGAAGCAUGAGCGAAACUCCAUCGGGCAGCAGCUGGUGUCUCAGUACAAAGUCUUGGAGGAGAAGGAUGCCACCAUAAGGAUGUUGGAGGGCGAGAUAGAUGGCCUGAAGGACACCCUGAGGGAGACCUAUGGUGACCUGGGCAAGUCAAGAGAGACCUGCCUGCAGGAGGAGCUUAACUGUGUCAAGUCUCAGGUCAUAUACAAAGAAGAUAAGGUGGAUGCUUUAUCUCAAGUGCUGCAGCAAAUUGGAGAGUAUUUUGAAAUCGAGGAUGCCAGCACCAAUAUUGACAGGACUCGAAAACUUAUUCAAGACAAGCGCUCCAUGUUAGAAAAGACACUGAAAGAAAAGGAAGAAAGAAUAGAGGAGAUGUCCAACAAAAUUUCUAGUCUGCAAUCUGAACUGGAAACUUAUAAAGUAAAAUCUGAUAAUGAAGGUACAUUAGCUACUAAACUGUCUGAAAUGGAAAGAGAGUUCAGUAUUACCAAAGAACAUUUAAAGAGAGUAGAAAUGGAGGCCCUCCAGCUACAAGACAAAAUUGAAGAAAAACAUAGACUCAUAAAUGGUAUGGAGAACAGUGCAGAAGCAAUGCAGAGUGAAAUAGAAACUCUAAAACUUAAGCAGAGUGAAGAUAUGGCCUUGCUUGAAGAAAGGAACAAGGAACUGACUAAUUUGAGAGAAGAACUUAGUAAACUCCAAACGUCCAAUGCUGAGAAGAAGGAACUAGUCCACACCCUAACCAAGGACCUAGAAGAAGCAAGAACAAAAAUAACUUUAGAAGAAAAGGCUUUAGAAGACCUUUCUCGGGAAAUUGCUGUAAAGAAUCAGGAGAUUGCAAAAAAAGAAGCAAAGAUUUCAUCAUAUACAACUCAAGUUAAGAGCCUUGAGGAGGAAGUGGCAAAAAUGAAGGCACAAGAACAAGCAGAGGGCUCCCAGUCACCAGACACCGAGGCGUUGAUCCAGCAGGAGCAAGCACUGAGGGAGGAAAAGGCACGUCUGCUGGAGGAAAAGAAUUCUUUACUCCAAGAAAAAGAACAGUUGAGAGUGGAGGCUGAGGAACACCGCACAGGAAGAGAGGCCGCCCUGAGGGAGUUGGAAGCCCUGAGGGGGGAGCGGGAGCAGAUGGUUGCCACCAUCACCCACAAGCACCAGGAGAGCGUCUCCUACCACAGCGAGAUUCAGCGCCUCUCCCAAGUGCUGACACAGACCAGCCAGCAGCACAGUGAGGAGAAGGCUUCCCUCUCCGCCCAGCUCCGGGAGAGUGAGGCAGCGCUGGUGGAGAGUCGCAGUCACAUGGCCAGCCUGCGUGAGGAGCUCCACGCCCUCACCAAGGCUAAGAGCGAGCUGCAGAAGAGUGCUGCUGAAGAUAUUAUAAAAAAAACUGAACUUGAAGGCCUUCAGAAGGAACUUGAGUCUCUGCGAUCCAAGCACUCCACUGUUGAGCAGGAGAGAGACCACCUGCGGGUAGCCAACGCUCACUUCAACACCCAGUACCAGGACCAGAGCAAAGAGCUGAGUAACAUUAAGGAGAGGGAGAGUCGACUGGCCGGCGAGUGUGAGCGGCUGCGUCAACACUUGGUGGCGGUGGAGGAAACGUACACGGCAGAAGCCCUGAAGGGGGAGGAGCGAGAGGCCACCCUGCGCUCCACCCUGGCCAAGAUGGAGGAGAAACUCAACAGCCACUCCAGCCUCUUCAACUCAGCCAGCCAACGAGCGAGUGUUCAUGUGGAGGCUCUUCAGGAGCAGCUGCAAGAGAUAGCUGCCAAAAGGGAUGAUGCAGUGAUGCGACUUCAUGCAGCAGAGGAGGUGGCUGAGCAGCACCAGCACUCCCUGGCCACCCUGCAGCAGGUGCUGCAAGACUUCCAGAAGAACCAAGCGCGGGAGAUUGCAGAAGCAACAGAACGAACGCGAAGGAAGCUGGAGGAGGAGCAGGAGAAGAACGCUGCACUCACCACACAAUUGAACAACUUCAAGAGUCAGCUUGGAGAGGCGCAGGGAGGCCUGGCGGCUGCUUCCAGGCUCGGGGACCAGCUGGCCAAGAAGGAGCAGAUGAUUGUUGCCCUCAAGGCUCAGGGCCUUGCUGGUGUAAUCUCACAAGGUAAAGCUGAGGAGCCUCCAGAUCUCAGACUACCAGUAUCGUCCCAAGAGGAGGUGGCAAGGCGGGCGCGCGACGAGGUGUCCUGCCUCAAGAAUUCCUCGGAAGGCAAAGUGGAAAAACCUCUCCUCCGUAACUUGCUGGUUGGAUACUUUGCCACUCCCCUUGACAAGCGGCAAGAAGUCCUGAGGAUCAUUGCAGAAGUCCUGGACUUCUCAGGGGAGGAGCGAGCGCGUUCAGGCUUGGAUACCCGAGGCACCUCCUGGUUAUCCUCUAUCGCAAACUUCCUCGCUCCUCCAGCCAGCAAUGUGCGAGUCACGUCCAAGGUGGAUGUAUUGGAUCACACAUCGCUGUCUCAAGCCUUCAUCAGGUUCCUGGAAGAUGAGUCGAGUCCCCGCCCGCAGCCUCGCCUUCCAGCUGUACAGAUGGCUCAGCAGACCACUGAGAAGGCUGAAAAGAAAGCACAGGCUAAGGCUCAGGCUGCAAGCAAGAUUAACCCGUUCAUCAGCAGCGGGGACACCCAAGUGCCUGGUGGUGACCGCAGUUCACGAAACUCUUCCCCUCUCCUCGCUGCAGCCUCCACCCCCCCUACACUGCCCUCUCUGGCUCCUCAACAACACCAAGCAUCCUCUCCCCUAUCCACUCCUUCUCCCCUCACCCCAGGCAUGGGAGGCAGCGUUCAAACAGGAGCAAAUACUGUGUCAACUAACAAGUACCUCACUAGCCUCCUGACACCUGAUGCUGCCAAAUCAGAUGAAAAUGCUAAUAAACAAUAUACUUAAAGCAGAGAAUAUUCUUGUACUUUUUACUAAGUGGCUCAUGAGUCAAAAGAUCAGUCAGUGAAACUAAAAUGAUGCAAACUCUACAGAUUGGGAAACACUGUGAUAAGAUUUGUUAUAGGUUGUUCAUAUUUUCAUUGAACGUCGGUUUGAGUUGGGAAGGAUAUUGCCUUGUGGUCUAUGCUUGGAGCUAAUUCUGCUUUGUACAGUUUAGUAUUUACAUGAAUGCUACAGUCUGGAGAAGGGAAACAAAAAUACUAAAACCCACAACUGUAUACAGCAUUGGUAUACAAGCUACAAUAUUUCACACAGGUGUACAGCGUGUUGAGGAAAGACUUUUGUACGGUGUAUGAAUUACAUUAAUAAAACAGCUCAGUGGAGAUGCUCAGACAUAACCUCUGGAAUAUAUAGAGUGAAAGGUUGUAAAAUAUAUGGUUAGAUAUUAUAGCACACACUCCUAAUGUGACUCCCUCCCUGAGUUUAGUGCCAACAGUGAACUAGGUGCAGCAAACACUACUGUGUGCUUCCUUAAUAGUUGUACCAUUACACUUAGUGAAGCCAAGUGUAAUCCAAGGGAUGUUGCCAUCUGCAAGGAAAGUGUGGAAGUAAAAUCUGAACAUGCCUAAUGUUCCUGAACACAAGAUUACUAUGAUGUGAUAUCAGUGGGAGUCGAGAACCAGAGUGUAUAGUUGAUAUAUAUAAAGCCAACAAAGCUUCAUAAACUGAAUAUUCAACUCAGGCUGUUGUAUGUUCUCUAUCUUUGUAUUAAGGGGUAUAAUGUAAAUUGCUUGAAGAAGAGAUCUAACACAAUGUGAGAAUGAGUUGAGAUCUCAGGAGUGAUUGUGUUGUGUCUGCACUGUGUAAAAUGUUAUUCAUAAUCACUCCUGUUAUCUAGUGGUCUUGUACAUAAAUAACAUUUUAUAGAUACUUUUUGCUUAAUUCUCACUCAAAAAAUAAAAGAAAUAUACAAUUAA